CCUGCACCAACUAUAUGUGGUCGGACUGUUAUUCCGGACGGAACGCGAAGCAACCGUUGACGCACAAAGCUCGCUUGUGUGACUUGGUUUUCCUGAACCCGACCACAGUCCUGACGUAUUGAUUGACUUGGGUCGAGCGACGUUUGUUAUUUCCCCCGACUGUGAUGUAACGGCAGUGUAUACAAAACAUGGACGGAGGCAUUUCCGAGUUACCCGGUCCCUCUCUUCCCCUCUCCACUCUGCGCCUCCUGGUCCCACCAAUUCGACUGGUCUCUGCAGCCAUCUGGCAGACGGUGGAGCAGAAAAUUGUGUUGGACUAUGGGCUGCUUGAAGAGUUUGUAUUUAUGGUCACGGAGAUUGUUCCUCAGCUGCUCUCCACAAGGCAGCGGGCUGAGCUCCUUUUGGGUCUCAGAGCACGACUGAUCUUGGAGCUGUGUCGCACCGAGGAGACGGCUGAUCUGCAGGUUAUUCAGCCACACCUAGACCGAAUGCAGAACCUCAGGUCUCUGUGGAAUGUGGAAGCUGACCCAGACCAAGAAGAGUCUGACUGUCACUUUCUGGGCCUUGUCAAAAAUCUGCUGAGAGAUCCUGAAGAGAGAAAAAACUUUUUCCAAGAUGUUUUCCCAGGAGACUUUGGUCCCACAUAUGACAAAGCAAUCCAGACCCUGAUGUGGCUGUUUCUGUCAAGACUUGAAAAGCUUCUUCCUUCUCAAACCCUCCAACAGAUUGCCUCUCUACUCGGUGACACCUCGUCUGUUCUGAAUGAAUGCAUGGAGACUUUCACACAACCUCAGGAGCUCAAAGUCUUGCUGGAUACUCAGAAAGAUCUCAGCCAGUUAGAGGACAAUGAGUCUUACAUCGUUGACAGUGGCAUCUUAUCAGCUCUGUGUCUCCCUCCUGUGGAAAGAGUUGUGAUUGUCAACGAACAAACGGAAACGGAUACAACGAGCAGCCUCGUGUACACUGUGUGCACAGAGAUGGAGGUGGAGUCUGAGAACAAGGAGGUGUAUGGUGAAGGCACCAGAAACGCCGAUGAGUGUGUGAAACCCCAGUGGGCUGGAAUCAGCGGUGAUGUGAAAGCAGAAAUGGACACUGAAAUAGUUACGGGUUCAGUUGAAGACAUUGAAGCCAGCGAGGCUGAAAUGGCAGACGACCCCCAAGACAGCCAAUCUGGAACACUGAUGAUUGGGGUUGACGGGCAGGUGACUGUGCUUGGCGGCAUGGAGAAGAAACCAAACAGACGUGGGAGGAAAAAGAAGCGUCCUGCAGAUGAAGACUUUCAGUUGGAAGGCAGGGACAGGGCGAAAACCGAAGACUCGGAAAUUGAGGUCUUGUGGGAAAGACCGGUGCGAAAGAACCGAGGACUCAAGAUGAAGCGGUACCUGUCGCAGUGGAGGAAAUCUGGCAAGACACAGGCCGCUAACAGCGGCCCUAGAAAGUUUGCUGGUUCCCAGGCUUCAUCCAGCGACUUGGAUGAGAGAACGUGCAAAGUGUGCGGAAAGGUGGUGAGUCAGGUCAAGUUCUUACAGCGACACAUGAAUCAGCACUCAGAAGAGAUGCCCCACACUUGUGACGUGUGCAAAAAGUUUUAUAAGACCCUGCGCUACUUGCAACAACACAGAUGUACAGGUGCAACAAAGGCAAAGCCUGGCAGGAAAGCCAAGGAACAAGAAAAUGCAGCAGAUGAAGGUGAACAAUCAUCCAGUGGGGUUCUUUGUGAGACGCCCACUGAAGAGCAGCCACUUGACAAUCCCACCCAGGAACAAGAUUACUCUCCUUCUGCAGACGCAUCUUCCAAAGAACCAAAAAGCCCAGAGGGAAACAAAAGUAUGAUAGAAGGACCCUUUUACUGUCCCCACUGCAGCGUUGAGUUCAAGUGCAAACAAACCUUUAGGUUCCAUUUAAGAAACAUUUGCUACAAUGAGCAGCAGGUGGAUCCUGAGAAGCCUGAGGAUGUUAAGCAUUGUUUCAGAUGUGAUGAAUGUGACAAGGCAUUCAAAUACAAAUCAACAUUAGAUUCCCACAAACAGACUCACAACCCACUGUAUUGUGAGGUGUGUAUGAAAUUAGUACGGGACUCGGACGCAUUGGCAAUGCACAAAGAAUCCCACACGCCUUUCCAGUGUAACCAGUGCGAGGAGAACUUUCCGGUGUUCAAGGCCCUUCAUAAGCACUACAUCGAUGUCCAUAACCCCACCGAGCCUUUUACCUGCACCCACUGUGAGACAACUUUUGCCAGCCUAAAGCGUUUCAUCAGACAUGAGUGGAAACACACAGGAUACCAACCUUUUCAGUGCCCUCACUGCACCAAAAGAUUCCGAUCAUACUCGGACCUUGUGGAGCACCAGAAAAAACACACUAAGGCGUAUCCAUUCCUCUGCUGGGAAUGUGGUAAGAAAUUCAGACAUGGCGUCACACUGACGAGGCAUGUGGAGCGGGUGCAUCAUGCUGGCGAACCUGUGAGCGAGAGGCCCACACCAACAUUCACCUGCGCGCAGUGUGGGAAGAGCUUCACUUCCAGAAGGUGCCUUCUAAAACAUGACAAUUUCCAUCACAAAGGGCUGCGGUUCCCAUGUGAGCACUGUGGGAAGGGAUUCUUUGGCAAGGAUGCAUUGGUUAGGCACACUCUGAUUCACACAGGAGAAAGGCCUUUUAAGUGCGAUGACUGCGAUAAGUCUUUCAGAUCUGCUGCAGAGUUAAAGAUACACAGGAGAUACCAUACUGGAGAGAGGCCGUUUAAGUGCAACAUCUGCGAAAAAGGUUUCGUCCAGUCGUGCUUUCUCACUUUACACAUGCGGACCCAUACUGGAGAGAGGCCAUAUACUUGUACAGUAUGUAGCAAGGCCUUCUCUAGCCUUCAUGGUCUAAAACGACACAGGAGACUUGUUCAUGCAUAGUCAAUGUUACCCUUCAUACUAAUCCCCACAAGGAUGUUCAGUUUAACAAUCCCUUGAAGAAAGUUAGAGGCAUCAGCUGUGGGACAGAAGUCAAAGUGGGGCUGAAGACUUAAGUUCUUGUUAAAGGGCACAAUGUUCUCGACAUUUUCAAGUGUCUGCUUCACUCCUGUCUCUACGGCUGCCACAGGUUGGAUUGUUAGUGUAAAUGUAUAGUGCAUUAUAAAAGUGUAACUUUGUAUUUUUUACAGAAAUGUUUGCUGUAGUAUAACAUAAGAUUUGUAUGUAUAAAAGAUAUAAACCCUGAUUCCUUUGGGAAUUGAAAUCUUUCUUGAAUAAAUUGAAUGUUUGAUUACA